AUAAAGAGACACAGCUUUGGGUUGGAGGACGAAGAAAAACAGGGAUUUUAAAAGCGGGGAAUUGGCCAAAUUAAACGUAAUCAUGUUGUUGUUAUAUCACUCUCACAUCUGGCCCCAGGGCGAUUGGCCGGGGCACCUCCGCCGCGCCUGCUGUUGGAGCGGUCAGCCCGGGGACGCGGUCAGUCGAUCCAGUGCACACUAACCAUGCCUCCGGCACGGCCCGGAGCGCUAAACUUUCACCGAGAACGCCCGGACGUCUUUUAUAGGAUCGUGGCGGCACCGAAGGUGUUAGAGGGGAAAACAGAUAAAGGAGGCUGUUAGUUUGUCCUGUUACUAGUGCUGCUGAAGAUUUGGAUACUCUGGUGCUCUGCUGCAGAAUCCGGUGACUGAGCCUCCCAUCUCCAUCUGUGCGUGUGUGUGAGAUUGUCGUAUCCUGGGGUCCCAAGGCCUUGCACUGGCUGAACUGCAGCCAUGGAGGUGGCCCUGGUAGACUUUGAGAGCCUGGAUGAACUUGACGGCAGCCUUGAGGAUGAGGUGGACACCUAUGCUGAUGAGACCACAGCUCUCACGGUGGACCUGCCCCCAGAGCACAACAGCCCAUCCAGCAACUACCUCCUGCGAGCCCCUCAACUCUCCUCUCCACCCUCCCACCACAGUCCCGUGCCCUCCUGCAUUUGGGAAUCAACUUCAUCUUCACCCAUUCCGCAGACACAGACACUGGGAGUACCCCAGUCCCCAACGAUGCCAACUCCAAGCAGGCAGGGGCGCAGUAGCUGUGCCAGCAUGAUCUCCAACUGGAAACUGCUACUAAACAGUGAGGGCACUAAGGAGAGUGAGACAAUCUUCAGCCGGCUUGCUAAGGAGUGCUGCGAGGAUCUGUUUGUAGAUAAACGAGGGCUGGAUGAUGGCGACCAGAAGGUCAUCAUCAACAUUGCUGGUCUUCGUUUUGAGACACAGCUCAAAACGCUGGACCAGUUUCCUGAGACACUGCUAGGAGACCCUUUGAAGAGGAUGGACUACUUUGAUCCAAUGAGGAACGAGUACUUCUUCGAUCGCAACCGACCCAGCUUUGAUGGGAUCUUGUAUUACUACCAGUCAGGGGGUAAGAUCAGACGACCAGCUAAUGUUCCCCUUGAUGUGUUUGCAGAUGAAAUUGUGUUCUAUGAGCUUGGAAACGAGGCCAUGGAGCAGUUCAGAGAAGAUGAAGGAUUUAUAAAGGAUGUUGAGAUCCCUCUGCCUAAUAAUGACAUGUACAGGCAAUUCUGGCUGCUGUUUGAGUACCCAGAGAGCUCCAAUGCAGCCCGGGGUGUAGCACUGGUGUCUGUUUUUGUUAUUGUCAUAUCCAUCAUUAUAUUCUGCAUGGAAACUCUUCCAGAAUUCAGAGAUGACUCUGACCCAAUCGUGCCCACAGCUAUACAACCUUUCAACCAGUCCAGAGGUUACACUUCUGUGGCUCCACCUGGUGUAAAGCCCACGACUUUCUCUGAUCCCUUCUUCAUCACAGAGACAGCCUGCAUUGCUUGGUUCUUCUUUGAGCUGUGUGUGCGAUUUUUGGUCUGUCCCAGCAAAAAGGAAUUUUUCCACAACCUCAUGAACAUCAUUGACAUUAUAUCCAUCAUCCCCUAUUUUGUUACUGUGGUUACAGAAUUGGUCACAACGCCAGAGGAGAGCUCAGGACAGAACAUGUCUCUGGCCAUUCUGCGUAUCAUCCGCCUUGUCAGGGUGUUUCGUAUAUUCAAACUCUCACGUCACUCCAAGGGGCUGCAGAUCCUAGGACAGACUCUGAAGGCCAGCAUGCGCGAACUUGGCUUGCUCAUCUUCUUUCUCUUCAUUGGCGUCAUUCUCUUCUCCAGUGCUAUCUACUUUGCCGAGGUAGACGAGCCUAACACACAGUUUGUCAGCAUACCCGAUGGCUUCUGGUGGGCUGUGGUUACCAUGACCACUGUAGGGUAUGGGGACAUGUGUCCCAUUACCAUGGGGGGUAAGAUGGUUGGCACCUUGUGUGCAAUUGCAGGUGUGCUGACCAUUGCUCUGCCUGUUCCUGUUAUUGUUUCCAACUUCAACUACUUCUACCAUAGAGAGACUGAAGCAGAGGACAAGUUGCCCUUGGCAGAUGCUGUUGAGCAAGCCAUGAAGGCUGAGACAGGCACCAAACAGGGUAGCAGCAUGUCACUCAAUAAAGCCAAUGGCAUCUGGCAGAGUGACAAAAUGAAAUAACUGUAGAAGGACAAUAUUAAGGAGAUGGAGAGACUUUGCCACAAAGCAGAAGAGAAAUAUUAAAGAAGAUAAUAUGGAGGAAAUUAACUGUUACGAUUUCUCUCAAAGAAUGGUCAAAUGAGAUAUCUUGUUUGUACCCACUGAAAGAUAUGUUUUAGAAUGAUAUACAGGACAUACCGUACUUACCUCUUUAGUGUCUAUUAUGAAAAUGACGCAUUUAAACAUUUAAAUAACAGUCAGGUGGACAAAUUCACUAUAGUCAUAUUCAGGAUUGUAUGUCAACAUAUUUCAAGUUUACCUUGUGUUAGGACUCUUCUUUUAGUUGCAUAGAAGCUGAAAAAAAUCUUUCAUUGUCGAAAUUCAGCAGUACGUAUGUUUAAAGUUGUUCUUAUAGAUAUGGUCUUAUUUUCAUUGUCUUGGCCAUUAAUCCUAAUGCUUAUAACAUUUUGCACAACAGCUUGACUGUUGAGAUUUCGGCCACAAGGACAGCAAAGGUAAAGAGAAAGGCUGAAUGCCGCAAGCCAAAAUGUUUAUGUGAUUGGUUCAGCUUCUAGGGAUGACCUUUCUGCUGCUGGAAUACCUGCUGGAAUAGCUGACAAUCAACAGAUUUUUAUGAUGUGUUACAGGUUAUGUAAGUGAGCAACCCAUCGUGUGUGUGUGUGUGUGUGUGUGUGUGUGUGUGCAGCACACAAUCGGUACAAGUUAACCAAGGCAAUAAAGGGGGUGAGAUUUAUACUGGACAAUUUGGGUGAUGCUUUUUAUUUCUCAUCUUCAAAAAUGUUGCUUGAGGCAUAUGUUCUGUGGCGCCCAGUAGAUGCUGCUGCAGUCUUCAGAUGAACUCAUAACUGAUGGGAAUGAUGGCCAAUACUACACAGAUAAGACCAAGUUUAGUUAGAAAAAAAGACAAAAAAUCCCAAACACAACCUUCCUAUAAGCGUCAUGAAUGUGUAAUGUGUGUCUAGUUUCUAGAUUAUAGCCCUGCUGUAUUUAUUUAUUUAAAAUGUAUCACAAUUCUGUUGUAUUUAUUCAUUUUCUUCAAUAAGUAGCGUGGGUAAUGAUCCUCCACUAUGACUAGCAGUCUAACUGACUCCACACUAUGUAUUAUAAUGGAGUGCCUUAAACUGUGUAACUGAGAAACUGUUGAAAUUGCCAUACAUAAUCUUACAGUAAUACCUGUGUUCAUCAUGCAUAUAUGCUCCAUAUUUUUGAGUUCAGCCUGUUUGAAAAUGUAGAAGUUGUAACCUUUCUCCAUGCUAGCAUUUGUUUGUGAGAGUUAUUUUCCAAAAUGCUGUCUAAUAGAGAAAUUGACUGGAGGUUGAUAUUAUCUUUCAAAAAUUUUGAUUUCAUGCAAUGAACGUCAUGAUCGUUAAUUGAGGAAGUAAACCUUUCAGUUACACCAUGAUUAAAGGAUUAUGAGAAAAACACAGAAAGUGAAAGAGAGAAGGAAGAAGCCAAAGAUAAUUGUUUAAUACAGGGAAUAAAGGGAACUUUUACAAGGCCAAGGGACAUUAGGCCAAAAUGUCCCAUGAUCCAUGUUUUUCUGAUUAUAAAAGAAAACUUGGAAAGUAAAUUAUGUGUUAAUCCAGAUCCAGGAAUAAUAUCUCAAAAUUGCAUUAGACUUGUGUAAUGUCUCAAUUUCUGGAUGAGCAUAUGAUCAAAUUAAGAUUUUAUGAGUUUCAAGGCGAUAAUGAUGAUUAUAGUGAUUAUACAGUAUGUCAGUUUUUAUGAUAUAAUCAGUCCCUUGUCUGUAAGGUCACAGUUACAUAACAAUUGGCCUGAAGUGAUUACCUGCAUCAUCAUGGCUGCAGCAGUGAAGUGAGAGUUUGUUACACCAACAAGACCAUUACACUGUAUUUGUAUUUGUAUGUAUGACAACAUUUCAGUAUAUGAUUUACUGCUAUGUAGAUGCAAUAUAUUCUGGGAUUUUAAA